AUGAGUGAUACACAAACCUCACUGACAUCUCAGACAGGAAUACAGAAUAAUUCAAAUUCUCUGGAACCUAGCAACAAUAAUUCACUACAAGUGCCUACCCCACCUACUACUAGAAGAAAACGUGGUUUAUCGUUGAGGUCCCAGCUUUUCAAUAAAGCAUUCAAUAUCCAACCACAGCCAUCAGAAGAAAUACAAUCAUCUGUACCACAUUUGCAAUCACCGGAAUCAAACAACAAUCUAGCGAAUGAAACAAAUACAUAUCCAACUUUUGACCAUCCUCAACAAAAUAUAGAACUUCAAAAUAUUCCAAUAACACCUGAAAUCAAUGUUUAUGAAGCACCAGAUCAAUUCCCCACAUCCUUGACAUCUAUAUCGAAUAAUGAUUUACAUACAAAUUAUCCAUCGCAUUUAAGCAGAUCAACCACACAUUUGACAGCGGGGUCCAACAGGACAAGUAUUAGCACACAGUCUUUUAUUUCCAAAAGAGAAAGAUCCGACUGGAAACGUUAUGGCAGCAAAAAUAGAUUCUACCAAGUUUUAGUAGACAUCAAAAAUAGGAUUUUCCACAUAAAAGAUUUACCCCCUACUGAAGAAGGACGUAUAAUUCCUUUGACGGUUGACCCCAAAUCUACAAAUUCAUAUUACCAAGAUGAGUAUUACGAUAAAAAAUCCAAAGGAUAUAUUGACGAAAGAUCUAAUGAACCAUAUAUUGACAAUAUGAUAACCUCUUCCAAAUACACAGUGUACUCUUUUUUGCCAAAACAGUUGAAGGCCCAAUUUUCUAAAGUUGCAAACUGUUAUUUUAUGGUUGUUGCCAUUAUGCAAAUGAUUCCUGGAUGGUCUACUACCGGUCAUUUCACCACAAUUAUCCCGUUAUGUAUUUUCAUGUCCAUAUCAAUAGCUCGUGAAGGUUUCGAUGACUGGAAAAGACAUGGUCACGAUAAAGAGGAAAAUAACAAACGAACAACUGUGAUAAAGGAAGACGAAGAAUUGAGCAAUUUUGACACUCACUCAAUCACCACAAUAAUGACAGAAACAAUACCGGUCACGAAUAGACACCACACAAGUGAUAUCAACAACAACAACAAUAACCACAACAACAAGAAUAGUCUAAACAACUUAUUGGCAAUUUCAUCAACCUCUUCACUUUCUGACAUCGACGAUUCAGUUUCCAAAGAAGAUCUUUGUUUUACAAACUCCGAAUUGAUGCGACGCUACAAUCUUAAAGAAUAUACCACGAAAUGGAAAAAUGUGAAAGUCGGGGACAUAGUCAAAAUCAAUGAGAAUGAAUGGUUUCCUACUGACGUGAUUUUGAUAGCUACCAGUGAAUUGGAAACCCAAGAGGCUUUUGUUGAGACAAUGGCUCUUGACGGGGAAACAAAUUUGAAACAAAAAAGUCCGCAUCCAGAGAUAGCUAAAAAGGCAUCGACUGUAACCGGAUUAAAGAAUCUACGCACACUAGUUACAGUUGAAGAUCCAAAUAAGGAUCUUUAUAAUUUUGAAGGGUCUUUUAUUUUAAACGGCGAAAAGCAUCCACUUGGACCAGAUAAUGUUGUUUACCGUGGAAGUAUUUUGAGGAAUACCAAAUCAGUAUUGGGACUCGUAAUAUUCACUGGAGAAGAAACAAAAAUUAGAAUGAACAAUAUUAAAAACCCACGUACAAAGGCACCAAAGUUGCAAAAGAAUAUCAAUUAUAUUGUCAUUUUUAUGGUGUUCGUGGUAGUAAUGUUAUCUGCAUUUUCAACAAUGGCACAAAGACUACAGUUUGAAAGUUACAAGAAUCGAGCUUGGUAUUUAUAUGGACAAGACGCCGGGGUUGCUGCAACAUUGAUGGGAUUUAUUAUUAUGUAUAAUACACUCAUUCCGUUGUCACUUUAUGUAACAAUGGAAAUAAUCAAAGUUAUGCAAUUGUGUUUUCUUCAAUUUGACAUAGAUAUGUACCAUGUGGAAACCAACACUCCAGCUGAUGCAAAGACAGCAACAAUUUUAGAGGAAUUGGGUCAAGUUUCUUAUAUUUUCAGUGACAAAACUGGGACACUUACUGAUAACAAAAUGAUUUUCAGAAAAUUUAGUGUUUGCGGAGUAAGCUGGUUACAUGAUUUGGAUAUUAUGUUGAGUGAAAAGCAAGAACCCAAUAGUCAGGUGACAGCACCUUUAGUACCAAGGCACAGUGUACAUAUUCAAUCCCCAGUGACGAACAGAAAAAGCAUCAAUGGCAGGUCAUCAAUAGAAUCUACACAUAGAGCCAGCACAACUUCAAUAGUACGUGAAAGUAUGGAUAUUCCAUCACCAAGAACAAGCACGGCAGCUUGGAAAUCAUCGGCACAGCCAAACAAAGUGCAGGACUUAUCAAAUUCGUUGCAGUUGUUAAGACAUAUUCAAUCACACCCUCAAACUUUGUUUGCCAAAAAAGCCAAAUUCUUUUUAUUAUCAAUUGCAUUAUGUAACACAUGCUUACCGAAAAAGAAGGAGAACGAGUCAAAGUGUAAUUCUAAUAAUUCGACUUUUUCAUUAGAGGAGACAGGAACGGAAGAGGAUCCACAAGAUGACGCUUGUAUUACCUACCAAGCUGCUUCACCUGAUGAAUUGGCAUUGGUUCAAGCUGCCAGGGAUUUGGGAUUUGUUGUAUAUGAUAGACAAAAUAGCAAAUUAACUAUAAAGACUUACCCUGAUGGAUUUAGUAAUGAGCCAAAAUAUGAAGAGUAUCAAGUCUUAGAUGUUAUAGAGUUUUCAUCAGCAAGAAAAAGAAUGUCAAUUGUGGUUCGAUUCCCUGAUAACAGAAUUUGUUUAUUUUGUAAAGGAGCAGAUAAUGUGAUUUUAGAAAAAUUGAAAAAUUCUAAAUUGGCACAAGCUAAAGCCAGAGAGAUUUCCUUACAAUCCGCAGAAAGAAAAACACAAGAAGCGGAUGUUAUUUUGCAAUCACGACUUUCUCAAGAGGUUGAAGCAAGAAAAUCUGGAUUAUCGUUCCGUCACAGUUUGAAUUUGGGGAGUGCCAAUUCUACACGGAUUAACACUAUAGAUAACGCCUUAAUGGGCACAGAAGAAGGGGAGAUUGCAGAUAUAGCAUUAAAGGCAAGAAAAUCAUUACAUUUCCAACAAUCAAAAAAGUACAACUUGGAUUCAGAAGAAUGCGAAGAUGGUGCAGAAACGUCUCCCAACACAACCACCGUUGGAGGAAUAUCUUCCGAAUUACCCCCACAUUAUAUUCCCAAUGAUAAGCUUUUGGUCAAUGAUGAGUUUUUAAUUGAAAAAACUUUAGAACACAUAGAAGAGUUCUCUACUGAGGGUCUUAGAACUUUACUUUAUUCGUUCAAGUGGAUGGAUAAGAAAGAAUAUGAAAUAUGGAGUCAAGAGUAUGGCGAAGCAAAAACAGCUUUGAGUGAUAGAUCCAAGUUAGUAGAAAAAGUGGGAGCAAAAGUUGAAACCAAUUUGCAGUUAUUGGGCGCCACAGCUAUUGAAGAUAAAUUACAGGAUGGAGUAAGCGAAGCUAUUGACAAAUUGAGACGUGCAGGUAUCAAGUUAUGGAUGCUUACUGGUGAUAAGAGAGAAACAGCCAUAAACAUUGGGUAUUCUUGUCGUCUUAUUAAAGACUAUUCCACGGUUGUCGUUCUUUCAAAUGACGAAGGUAGAGACGCGUUAGUGGAUCGAUUAACUUCUUCGACCCAAGAAAUCAAGGCAGGAAGAGUUGCACAUAGUGUUAUGGUAAUAGAUGGUGGUACUUUAGCUGAUGUUGAGCUGGAUCCAACUUUAUUAACUUCUUUUCUCGAAUUAUGUGUCGAAGUUGAUUCUACAAUAUGUUGUCGUGCAUCUCCUUCGCAAAAAGCUAAUAUGGUGACAGCAAUUCGAAAUUUGAAAAAAGAUUGCGUCACUCUUGCAAUCGGUGAUGGUGCCAAUGAUAUUGCCAUGAUUCAAAGUGCUGAUAUUGGAGUAGGAAUCACAGGAAAAGAAGGGUUACAGGCGGCUCGUUCAGCAGAUUAUGCAAUUGCACAAUUUAGGUUUUUGUUAAAGUUGUUACUUGUCAAUGGUCGGUACAAUUAUGUCAGAACAUCGAAAUUUGUUCUAUGCACAUUUUACAAGGAAUUGUUGUUUUACUUGACACAAUGUAUUUACCAAAGAAAUACCUUAUUUUCUGGAUCUUCAAUGUAUGAGAGCUGGUCUUUAUCAAUGUUUAAUACAUUGUUUACAUCGUUGCCUGUUAUUUGUGUUGGUAUGUUUGACAAGGAUUUGAAACCAGCAACCUUAUUGGCGGUUCCCGAGUUGUACGCCAAGGGGAGACUUUAUCAAGCUUUCAAUUUAAAACUUUUCAUUUCGUGGAUGGUGCUUGCAACCUUGCAAAGUGUGGGGAUUUCCUUUUUAUCGUUCUACGUUUGGGGAUUUACCGCAUUGCGUGACAACACAACGUUUGCUCUAGGUUCAUUAGUAUUUACAGUAUUGGUUGUGGUAAUCAACGCCAAAUGUACUUUGAUUGAAAUGCAGAAUAGACAAUGGCUAGCUUGGGCUUCGUUUAUCAUAUCUGUUGGAGGCUGGGGAAUUUGGAACGUGUUGAUAAUGGGUUUGUACAGACACAAGCAGCCAACAAUAUUUUUUGUCGAUUAUGGCUUAAUAAUGUGGGGCCGUGAUCAAAGCUGGUGGGCCACAUUGUUGCUUAUGAUAACUAUUCCGUUGUUUUUCGAUAUUUUGGUUAAAGUGUUCAAAUUUAUGUUCAAACCAAACGACGACGAAUUAUUCCGUGUAUAUGAGAAAGAUUUAGAAUUGAGAAGAUUUUUCGAAAACUCGGCAUUCAGAGAAUUAUAUCAAAGUUGGACUUUUCCUCAUGAUCAAUCAACAACCAAAACACAAAUUUUAAAAGCUUUACGAAAGAUUGGACUUAAAGUAGGAUCGAAUUCACAGAAUGACUCUUUGGAAGACAAGUUGCAAGCUAACCAGGAUCAUUACAGCAGUGAUGAUCUUCAAUCUGCCAUUAGUAGGAAAAGAGCCGGAACGAAUCCUUUGACACACGAAUUACCUCCCAGUGGAGAAGGAUUUAACGUUUACUCGAGUGACUUCAAACCACAAUUACAACAUUUCGAAAAUGGAUAUGAAAUUUUGCCCAGUGGGAAACGAGUUAAAAUCAGAGACAAGUCUCGUGGUUGGUCCAUUUCAAAAGCUUUUGGAAAAGACGAAGAAGAUGUUGACGCAAUUAUUGAUCAAAGAUUAAACAAUUUGCGUAAUGAAGAGGACGGAAAUUCAAGCUUGAAAUAA